CCAUGGCGCGUACGAAGCAGACUGCCCGCAAGUCGACCGGGGGCAAGGCCCCGCGGAAGCAGCUGGCCACCAAGGCCGCUCGCAAGAGCGCGCCGGCCACGGGCGGCGUCAAGAAGCCGCACCGCUACCGGCCGGGCACCGUGGCCCUGCGGGAGAUCCGGCGCUACCAGAAGUCGACCGAGCUGCUGAUCCGGAAGCUGCCGUUCCAGCGGCUGGUGCGCGAGAUCGCGCAGGACUUCAAGACGGACCUGCGCUUCCAGAGCUCGGCCGUGAUGGCGCUGCAGGAGGCGAGCGAGGCCUACCUGGUGGGGCUGUUUGAAGACACGAACCUGUGCGCCAUCCACGCCAAGCGCGUGACCAUCAUGCCCAAAGACAUCCAGCUGGCUCGCCGCAUCCGCGGGGAGCGGGCUUAAGGCGUACAUUUUAAAGUAGACGAUCUAAAGGCUCUUUUCAGAGCCACCACGUUUUCAUAAAAAGCAGCUGUACCAGCUUUCACUUUAGUCGUAUUUUCAAGAUGAAGCACCUGUUCCUGUCACCUAUUCCAAACCCAGUUUCCCCAAGAAUGUAAGCAAAACUUUCUUAUUCAAACUGCAGUCGGAGGAGUGGCAGACAAGAAGAUGAUAAUCCCCAAACCUCAAUAUUUCUUUUCUUUGACUGCGAACUCAUUAUACAAUAAAUAUUUCCCGUGGUUUUACUAAACAGCA